UGGGUUAUUGCUAGCUAUGACUCAAAUUCCGAUACAGCUAUCAUAUUAUUUAAAUAUUUUUGGAAUCCAGUGAUUUAAAGACGUUUAGUUUCAAACGCUUCAACGUAUUACUCUGACGUUUCAGGGACUGAACGUUUCUAUUUCCGGUUCACUUGACGCAACGUCCAUUUACCCUCGCCAGACUUGCAGUUCUUUCCUGAAGCAUACCCUUCUUCUAACUAAACGCGUUUCUUUAAAGUCUUUUCACCGGAUGCGACAAAAUACUACUGGCCGAAGCCCAAAGAGUCGAGACGUGGAUGAUGAGGAGAGGAAAUCCAGGCCACGACAAACAACUGAAAAACGAAAGAAAAUGAAGGGUCCCACGGACGUUACUGUAGAAGAUCUUCACCCUGAGAAGCAUGAUCCCCUCCAUGUUAAACAGGAAGAUGAGUCCGAGAUGCCGUACAUCAAAAAGGAGGCAGAGCAAGAGACCCCCGACAUUAAAGAAAAAGAACAUCAAGUUGAAAUCCCCAAGUUUCCAAUGCUUGUCACCAUGAAGAGUGAAGAAGACGAAGGAACAAGCGAAGAGAGCGGAGCAGCGAACCCGGACGGCCUCUUAGCUCCGCUUUCGGACAGCGACGACAUAACGUCACACUCUUCUGACACUGAUGAGGAUGUUGGCUUUGACCAAAAUGCUAAGAAAUCCUCAAACAGGCCAUCGUUGAAAGGAGACACAAAGGACUGCGCGAUUAGAAAACCUUUUCCCUGUUCACUUUGUACUAAAACAUUUUCUUUGAAACAUCAUUUAACGACUCACAUGCGUACACACACCGGGGAGAAGCCUUUCGCCUGCACACUUUGUGAUAAAAGGUUUUCUCAGAAGAUUACUUUAGAAGGACAUAAGCACACACACACUGGAGAAAAGCCUUUCGCCUGCACACUUUGUGGUAAAAGAUUUUCUCUGAAGACUAAUUUAGAAAGACAUAAGCAUACACAUACUGGAGAAAAGCCUUUUGCCUGCACACUUUGUGGUAAAAGAUUCAAUCAGAAGGGAGAUUUUGUAUCUCACACAAGAAGCCAUGCUGGAGAGAAGCAUUUCGUCUGCACACUUUGUGGUAAAACAUUUUCUCGAAAGACUCAUUUAGAAAGACAUAUGCGCACACACACCGGAGAGAAACCUUUUGCCUGCACACUUUGCGAUAGAAGAUUUUCUCAGAAGUCUUCUUUAGAAAUGCAUAAGCGUACACACACUGGAGAAAAGCCUUUCGCCUGCACACUUUGUGGUAAAAGAUUGUCUCGGAAGGCUAAUUUAGAAAUACAUAUGCGUACACACACUGGGGGGCAGCCUUUCACCUGCUCACUUUGUGGUAAAAGAUUUUCUCAGAAGGCUUAUUUAGAAAGACAUAGGCGUAGACACAUUGGAGAGAAGCCUUUUGCCUGCACAUACUGUGGUAAAAGAUUUUCUCAGAAGGCUUAUUUAGAAAGGCAUAAGCGUACACACACUGGAGAAAAGCCUUUUUCCUGCACAUAUUGUGAUAAAAGAUUCUAUGAUAAGACAAUUUUAAACAGACACACAAGCAGACACACUGGAGAGAAGCCUUAUGCCUGUACACUUUGUGGUAAAAGAUUUAUUGAGAAGAGUUGUUUAAAGAAACACAAGAACACACACUGAAGAGAAGCCUUUCACCUGCACACUUUGUGGUAAAAGAUUCGUCGAUAAGAGCGGUUUAAACAAACACACGCAGAUACACAGGAGAGAAGCAUUUCGCCUGCACACUUUGCGAUAAAAGAUUUUCUCAGAAGACUGAUUUAGAAAAGCGUAAGCGCACACACUGGAGAAAAGUGUUUUGCAUGCUCACUUUGUGGUAAAAGGUUCACUCAGAAAGGAAAUUUAGUAACGCAAGCAAGAAGCCACACUGAGUAGAAACCUUUGAAUUGCAGCGUGUGACAAAAUAUUCUUAUUCCCGCCACGCAUUUACAGUGGGAAAAGCAUUUCAAUUUCCUUAUUCAGUUUUCCUUGAGCCUCUUUUGAAAAGUUGUUGAAAUGAUUUUUCAGCCAUUCUUUUUCUGUCCUAUAUGUACUGUAUAUACAGUAUUGAAUAAAUUGCAG